AUGUCGAAAAGUAAUAAAAAUCAGAAAUCAAUCACAUCAUUUUUUAAAAAUCCUGGACAAACAACAACAGCGACAAAUGAUCCGGUACCAUCGAAAACGAAACCAUCCCCAACCGUUGAAAUGAUGGAGAUCAAGAAAGAAAAAGAGGACGUGCCCAAAUUACUCUCGUCGUCGCCACCACCAGGACCAGCACCAGCAUCGACAGUUAAAGCAGUACUUUCACCCAAAAAGCCAACAGCGGCUGUUGUGCCGACUAUUCAGCGCAAGCCAACUCAUGAAACUGAAUGGAUUAACUUAUCCGAUCGAUUCUUACUGAACAAUCGUAAUUUCGAUGUGCAGUACGCUCAUCUAUACGCUGAACGUCUUGGAUCAAUGCGAAAGAUUGUCACGAAAGCAGCAGAAAAUCGGUGGAAUUCGAAGGUUCCACUGAAGAAAAUGAAUGAUCUUGUCUUAGACGAAGAAUGCGUACUCAUCGGUAUCCUAUUCAAACAAAUGAUCUUGAAACCUAGUAUUGUAAAACAAUUAGCAACUGAAAAUGGUUUCAAUCUACAACCACCUCGAAAACGUUAUGUUGAUCCAUCGGAUAAAUUAGUUCUUGAGGAAGAAUCACAACGAAUUGUUCUCGAUGGAAAAAUUGAUGUUAAUCAAUUUGUCACCGGAAUUGUCAUCGCCGUACUUGGCCAUGAAGACGAUAAAGGUGUAUUCAUUGUUAAAGAUUAUUGCUUCAAGGAACUUACAAUUCCCAAACAAAUCACGCCAACAAAAGAUGAGAAAUAUGUUUUAUUCGCUUCGGGUUUUCUCCUGUCUGAAACUUCGACCAUAUUCAAUCAACUUGAAUCUCUAACGAACUCACUAGCACAAGCAACAAAUAUCGAAUCAACGCCAGUGAAAACUAUUCUUAGUAAUAUCAUUCGGUUUGUCGUUGCUGGAAAUCUCAUCGAGAGUUCAAACCGUUUGAAAGACACAACCAAUCAGGCAAAAUAUUUAACACGAAAAAUGGCUGCUAGUAGUGUCGAAGCUAUGCAAAGUAUCGAUGAAUUAUUCGACAAAAUUGCUACUGUAACUGAUAUUGAUAUCAUCCCUGGUGUGAAUGAUCCAAGUUGUCAUAUGUUACCACAACAGCCAUUGCAUCCUUGCAUGUUUCCAACUUCAAGUAAACGAAAAACAACACAUUGUCUUACAAAUCCAUAUGAUUUUCAAAUUGGUGAUCUCCGUCUACUCGGUACAUCAGGUCAAAAUAUCGAUGAUAUUGACCUUCAAUCCACGAUUGAUAGUCGCGUUCAAAUCUUAGAAAAUUGUCUUACCUGGGGUAAUAUAUCGCCAACAUGUCCGGAUACAUUAAGUUGUUAUCCGUACGUGAAUAAUGAUCCAUUUAUCAUUCAUGAAACUCCACAUGUAUUCUUUGCUGGCAAUCAACCAAAAUUCGAGACUCGUCUUUUUAAAGGACCGAAUGAUAUUCAAGUACGUCUUAUUUGUAUCCCAUCAUUUGCUCAAUCGAAUACAUGUGUCGCUUUGAAUUUGAAUACACUCGAAUGUCAGGAAAUUUCAUUCGAAAAUCAAGUACCUCAACUUAUUCAGUGA